AUGCGGGCCAACAUUUUACUACUCCCUACUCCACUGCCAACAAAAGCUCCACUGCCAUUGUCUGCAAUGGCGUCUCGGCCUUUCCCACGGGAGUCCCCUCUCUCCCGGCCUCCUAGCUCUAGCUCUCUCUCCGCCUCCGUUCAAAUGGGAUCCUCGCCUGCGCCUUCGCCUUCGCCUUCAACUUCGCCGCCGAUGCCCAUGAUAGGGAGGGCCGGCAACCUCACCGUCUUCAUCACGCCGCCGUCGCCGGCCAGCACCCCGCGCUCCUCGCGCCCGUCCGACUCCCCAAGGCCGGACUUCUCCACCCCUAACUCCCGCACGGGCACGGCACCGCCUCCGCCGCAGAAGAGCGCUAGCCCACCCGCGCCGCCGGUCAAGUUCUCGUCCCCUCCACCACCCGUGAAGGUGUCCCUGCCUCCUGUGCAGGUGCCCCCGCCGCAGUACGGAAAGGCUUCUGCGGGGGGCAAGCACGACGGAUCGGCGUUCGGCUUCUUAUGGGACGCCGUUGCGCGCGUGCAGGAAGCGCACACGAGCCUGGACGAGUACGUCGCCAACUGGUUCGGAUUGGAUCAGUCCAAGUACCAGUGGGCUCUCAACGACUACUACGAUACCACCGGCAAGGAAGUGGAAUAUGGCAAAGCUGGGAAGCCAAAGGAGCUUACUACUACUACUACUACUACUAAAGUGCAGAAAGUUUAG